CCAGAAUGAAAGCAGACAACACGAAUUGGAUAUGGUCCAUGUCUCUUCAAUUACCAAUCCCUUAAAUCUUUCAAUAUCAUCUUUGCUUUAUUAAAUGAUUUCUUACUGGUUCAAAAUUUUGAGAAUACGGGUGAGCUCGGGUAGAAAAAGGGGAGGGGGACAGGGCUGAGGCCAGCCGUGCGGCGAGAAUGACGAUCGGAUCCUCUUCAGUCUCCUCAAUAAUGCCUGUUGUUUGAGCUUCAAGACUAGGUGGGGGGUAAAGAUGAACGCAAAGCCAUGCUUGACGCAGUUGAUCAGGUACGAUGAAGCUUUGUUCCAAUUGCAAUGAUACAAAAACAUUCUCCGCAACUAUCCAACGUCGUUAGAGGUACUCCGUACGGCAACUAGAUUUGGCACCCGAUGUUCGGGACGCCAAUAAACCCUCAGUGUGUCUCCCGCUGAAACGCAUUUCAAGCCUGCAUGCGAGUGGUUCGCUGGUCCCCGGGAAGAGCUUCCAGAAAGCUGCAUUUCCCGAAUGAACGGUCCGAAGUCCGCUUGAGACGACUGAAUCUGUGCAGGUGGGAGUUCAUCCAUCAACAUGACAACACCUCACGGCGUUCCUAAUCAGCCUUCCAGGCCCAGGCUGCUUUGAGACAGAACAAUCAACCCCUUGACCAAGGAUCAAGACUGUCAGCACCGUGCUUCCACGGAGUUUCUGCCCCCUAGGAACUACCUUAAUUACCAAUAUGUUCCGAUAACUUCCAUUUACGGCCAGUAACAAUGGUUCUUUUACUCUCCCUCUGCACUAGAAUCCACAUAAUCCAUGCCCGCCACGGGCUGUGGAUACAGAUGGGGGAACCUUCGGACGACCACUCCAAGCCAUUUUGAAAGCUUGUCGGGUCUACAAAUCUCACGAGGCCCAUGAAACCCCAGCGAAACGAGACAUGCUCCUCGUUACAAGUGCUCGCCAGGUUCCGUGUUUAUCUGGUUGAGAAAGUCGUUUCCACAAAAACGGCCCUUCUUCCACCAACGAUUCUUAUAUGUAUGGCAAUCCCCCAAGGAACGUUUCUCCAUUUAUGAGCUUCUUCCCUCCCCCUUCACCAAUGGCUUCUUACUCGAAUUAUAGCAAUACAAGUUCUGGUUUGGCUACUCCUAGAUCAUCUUCUCCCUCCUCUACUACCAGCCGUUCCUCAGCUACUACCAUUAGUAAACGUAUGUCCAUCUCUGGAAGACGGAUGUCGGGUUUCAAUCCAAUGGCUUCUGUUGAUACUAGUGCAAUUGAAGCUGCCAUGAAAAUGUCUUCUCUCGAUACACUUCGCGGUUACUCAAGCGAAAAUUAUGGUACAGUAAAACAAUUCAAAGCUACAGAUUAUGUGCCAAAAUCACACGCUGGGGGUUAUCAGGUUAUUAGGGAACCAGCCUGGAAUAAAGGUAAACUUUUUUUUAUUUCUAUCACAGAACCUCCAGCUAAUAAAUUUUGCAGGUACUUCUUUCAGUCCUGAUGAUAGAGUUUCGCAAAACCUCACUGGCCUCAUACCACAUGUCCUAGAGUCUCUAGACACUCAAGUUAUGCGAGCCAUGCGAAUGAUCAACAGCCGUUCCACGAAUAUCGACAAAUAUCUCUACCUCUCCUCAGUCAAAGCAGCCAACAUGGAUCUCUUCUACCGUCUCUUGAUGGACAAUGUUGAGCAGCUUAUGCCACUCGUUUAUACCCCAACGAUUGGAGAUGUAUGUCUUCAAUACUCAACUCUCUAUACCAGACCCGAAGCUCUUUAUAUCUCAAUUAAGCAACGAAAGUCAAUUCGAACAAUUCUCCGAAAUUGGCCAUAUCAAAAUCCAGCUAUUUGUGUUGUCACGGAUGGAUCAAGAAUUCUUGGUCUUGGUGAUCUCGGUGUGAACGGUGUUGGGAUUUCUGUAAGUCAUCACCAUCAAAUAGAUCUCCUCAAUAAUUUCUCACUAUUCGUAGAUUGGAAAGCUCGCUCUUUACACCGGUGCUGCGGGUAUCCACCCUGAACAAACUCUCCCAAUUGUUAUAGAUUGUGGUACCGAUAACGAAACCAACCUUCGUGAUCCCCUUUAUCUUGGUUUAAGACAAAAGCGUCCCACACCACAAGUUGCUCUCGAGUUUAUGGAUGAAUUCAUGGCUGCUGUCAAGGAAGUUUACCCAAACAUGCUCGUUCAAUUCGAAGAUUUUGAGACCGAGAAGGCUUUCUCAUAUCUGGAGAGAUACAAGAUGGAGAAGUGUUUUAACGAUGAUAUCCAAGGAACCGGAGCUGUCGUUUUGGCUGGGUAGGUUAACCCAUCGCUUGUCUUUUGGAAGUAAGCUAACUUUGAAAAUCAGAUAUAUUGGUGCCGUAAACCUUUCCGGGGUUCCAAUGGAAGACCAAAAACUAGUUUUCAUGGGUGCCGGAUCUGCUGGUGUAGGUGUUGCUAAACAAGUUAUGGAAUACUACACCCGCCGAGGACUUUCUGAACAAGAAGCUCGAAACAAGUUCUACCUUGUCGACACCAAGGGUCUAGUCACCUUCGAUCGAGGAGACAAGCUCGCCGAGCACAAGAAGAUAUUUGCCCGAAAAGACAAUAACGGACACCAAUUCCGCUCCCUCGAAGAAGUCAUCGAAUACGUCAAGCCAACUGCAUUGAUUGGUUUGACCGCCACUUUUGGUGUCUUUACCGAGUCAGUGGUUCGUGCUCUCAAGGCAUCCGUCGAUGCAUCGGGAAUUGGCAGACGACCAGUUUUGUUUCCCCUAAGUAACCCUCUGACUAAGGCGGAGUGUACUUUCGAACAAGCCGUUCAGUGGACUGAGGGGACUGUCAUCUUCGCUUCUGGAAGUCCUUUUGCUCCUUACACCAUGAAAACUUCGGAUGGAAUCAUGACCUACUAUCCCAACCAAGGAAACAACGUGUAAGUUCUCCCUGGAUCCAUAUCCGAAGACACCAAAAUACUAACUCCUUGCAGCUACGUCUUCCCUGGUCUCGGUCUCGGCGCCAUUCUCGCCAAAUGCUCCCGUGUCACCGACGCAAUGGUCUACACCUCAGCCGCUGCCCUUUCUGGGGCCCUCAACUCAGAGGAAAUCUGCAUGGGACUCAUCUACCCCAAAAUCCAACGUGUACGUGACGCUUCGGUCAUUGUCGCCCGGGAAGUUAUGAAGUGUGCUAGACGGGAUGGUGUAAGCACCUUACCCGAGGAGACCUGGGUGGAGUGGGAAGAGUGGGGAGAUGUUGCACUCACAGCUUGGAUCAAAAAGCAAGUCUACGAUCCUAGAUGGUAGCUAUGUCGACCCAGGCUCUAAAUCAUUUCCGUUACUUUUAAUUAUUUUCCUUUGAGCUUGGGGGUUUUGGGGAUAUCAAAAUGGGAAAUUUGAAGAUUACUGGUUUCUUGUGAAGGGCACGGCGUUAAGGGAUGGAAGGAAGAUUUCUUGGGAUACCACAGUAUUAUAUUAUUUAGCACUUAGAUGAGCUUUCGGGGUAUGCUUAGAUUGUUUGGUACAUGGAUUUGGAAGUCAUUCCCCAGAAUAAAACAGUCAUUAUUUACCUACC